AUGAAGCAGCCUGUCGAGUACAUCACCGACUUGAUUUCUGGAAAACAUCAGUCAAUCUUGUCGGAGGCGGUCGAGCGAGCGAAGGAGAUCAACGGUCUGCCGCCGCCAACAGUUGGUGGUGCGCCCCGUGGCAGUAGGAUUUUCUGGCUCCAAGAUAACGCCCACCACUGGAACAAGACAGCCAGCCCUCAUUUCUACCAAUUUCCAGACACCAUCCAAGGGCACGCCGACGCUUGGGAGUUUUUGGUUGCCCGCGCAGGAGAACGAGGAGAAAUCUUAGACCCAUCGGAGGGAGACCACGAAGAGAGAAGGAGGAAGGAUCCGUGGUGGAAUUUCUGGGCACGCCGAAAGACCACGAGACUCCAGCGCCACCUUCAGGAAACCAUACCACUGCAAGACCUAGAGGCACAGACACCGGCAGGCACUCGAGCUCAGACUCCGGGCCGGGAGUUCUUAAGCCGCGUGAACAGCUCAUCGUACCGCAUGAUCGAAGUAUCAGAAAGGAGACCUUCCAGUCUGUCGCCGAUUCCUUACGUAAUUCCAGUAACGGGUGAAGCAGGGCCGUCAGACUGGGUCCACCGGCAAGAGGAAGAGGCAAGAAAGCACCCGAGGGACCACUCUUCGAUCACGCUGGACAACGCCGAGGCCAUCUGCGCACCGCAACCAGACGCAGCAACAGAUUAUGAAGCUCAAAAGGCGAGAAGGGAAGCAAGGCACGACUCCAAGCAUUCUCCGGCAUCAUCGAAAGAUAUCGAGGCGGUCAGCUCCGAGCCGCGUGCGGAGCAGGAAGACGACACGGAAAUUUCUGAGCUCCAGGCUUCGGUAUAUGCGACGCUCACUUGA